AUGAAAUUUCGUGCUGUAAUGAUAGAUGCAGGGCCGAUGCGAGAAUUCUCAAAUGUGGUUACCAUAAUAUCGAAGUUAUCUAAGGAAUGUGUUUUGAGAUUGGCAGAUGAUCAACUCUAUUUUAUUGUUAGUGAGGAGAAUAGCGGCCCAACACCACCGAUAUUGUGGUGUGAGAUUCCUCAUGCUAUGUUUUUCUCAGAAUACCAAAUGAUUGGCAUAGAUGAAGAACAUAAAGAUAUUUAUUUGGGUCUAAGCUCAGGUAACUUAGCGAGAUCAUUAGUUACGUUAAAAUCAGCCAAAUCAUUGAAAAUGAAGCUUACCAAAAAGCAAUGUCCAUGCCUUACAUUGGAAAUAGAAAUGCCAUCGGUAACUUCACAGCAAACAAGACAUGUGACUCAUGAUAUUCCCGUGACUGUAAUACCAAGGAAGUUGUGGUCUGAUUUUCAUGAACCAAGGGUACCAGACCCUGACAUAUCCAUAGAAUUGCCAUCUCUAAAACAGUUGAGAACCACAAUAGAUAGAAUGAAAACAAUGUCUUCGGAGGUAGUUAUCAGGGCUUCAGCAGAAGGUAGACUCACAUUACAAAUCAAAACUGACAUGGCUAAAGUGUCUACCAGAUUCAGGGAUUUAAGGGUUGAAUCAUUUGGAGGUCCAAUAGACCAUUCAGACUCGGAAACUGAUUCUCAAGUCAACGAGGACAUGUCUCGGAUAUGUUAUUGUCGAGUCGACGCUAAAAAGUUAUCGAUGUUCCUUAGUGCUGAUCAAAUAUCUAGCAACAGAACUUUAUGUAGUAUUGUUAAUAAGAAACUAGUUAUAUUGUGCUUGCAGACUGAUGAAAAUGUUAAAUUACAGUGUUUUAUUAGUGGUAUUGUGUAUUAA